CGUAACUGCAAGUCCGAACGACUCCUUCGUUUGUUUUUUUUUUUAUUACUCUUUUUAUCCGGGGCCCGGAAUCGCUAAUCGGCAAAAUUCCGGCCAUAAUGUGAGAUCAUCCGCCGCUGUCGUCCGACCCGUCGCUGCCGUUCGUACUGUCAGGAGCAGCGGCUCGCUGUGGAGGAUUACUAGUGAUAAUACGCAGUAGACUUCUCCGUCGCUGCCCAGCAACACAGCCACCUGACAACUCUGAAUGUCGUAAUUAAGGUGAAUCAAUGAGCCAGCAAUGGAGACCAAAAGAUACCAAAGUUUCUUUGAUGGAAGCGAUACAGAGAACAGAUGGUCUCAGGUUCCCAGCACCAUGGAGUACUCCUGCAGUACAGAGGAUUCAAGUCUGACUAGCAGCGAUAUCCUCAUGGACAUAGUCAAUGUCAGCUGCCCUGCUGGAAGCCCAGCCACAGACUGCAAAGACAACAAUACAAAGAAGCAGGAGCAGCCAAUGCUGCGGCUCAGCCAGAACCAGCCAUUUGUUCUCCCACACUUCAACAACUCUCUCCACGGUCAUAAGCAGGAAAUGGACUCCAAGGAGCUUUCCAAGACUGUUGCUGAGUCCAUGGGUCUGUAUAUGAAUGCUGCCAGGGAGGCAGACUUUGCCUUUAGCCAGCAUGGGGGCAGUACCAGCCCUGCGAAGAUGUAUCCAGUGUGUGGACGGCCUCUAGAGGACACACAGUGUAGUUCCACAAAGAGCCCCAAGUUAAAACCAUUUGGUUUCCAGCAGUCCAGCGCCACUCCCAGAGAAUGCACCACUGGGACUCCAGUUAGCUCAGCGUCUAUGCUGGCCUCAUCUCUGUCCUGCAGCCCCCAGACCUCCAGCUCCAUUUCCAGCCCUGGGGGCAGCAACAAUAUGGUGUCCUCAACCACCAGUCCUCCUACAUGCUUUGGAGCAGUGUGCUCAUCGGUGAGUAGUCCUGUCAGCCAGACGUCUUGUGCUGCAACUCUGGCUAACAUCAAGCGCAGGAAUUCAGCCACAUGUAGCCCUGUAGAGUCCACCACAGUGGGCUCACCACCACUCACCAGCCCACUCAAUGUCAUGAGGUCUCCCAUGUCUAGCCCCCAGAGUAUGAGUAGUGUGAGAUCACCUCCGUCCUGCAGCACUACAUGCAACAUUAGGUCAUCUGUCUCGAGCCCCACAAGUGGCAGCUGCACCAGUACUGCCAACAACUGCAACACAGCAAGGCCCUCCAUCUCAAGUCCAGCCACAGGGGGCACUAUGACUGGCAGCAGUCCACAGAACCCGUCCUCUGGUGGGUUUCCCGUAUCCAGUCCUGCUGGUGGACUGGGUCUGGUGCAGAAUGACACCAACAGCCCAGAAGCAACAGGUCUGACCAGAGACACAGACUUCAAGAACUUUGAGUUCCCUAAAGUAGAGAUGGUAGACGGGGAGGUGUUCAACGUCGGCUUAGACCAGAUGGGCAUGGUUAAGUACAUAAAGAAUGAGCCUGGAACUGACUUCAGGAGCAUGUGUUUAGGUAGCUCUAAAUGUAAUGUGAGUAGCACACCCUUUAUCACACAGAUUAAGAAUGAGCCAAACAAAAAUGAGGGAUGUAUGAAUCAACAGCCCUAUGGUGAGCAGUCACCGUCUCUUGGUCUCUUUCCUGCAUCUGAGACCACCUAUUUGUCCCUGAGGAAUAACAUUGAUGAAUACAGUCUUUCUGGUAUCUUAGGACCCCCUGUCUCCUCUAUGAAUGGGAACUAUGAGCCCGAUGUGUUCUCCAACAAUGUCCUGUCUAAAGGGGUUAAGCAGGAGUCCACUGAUGGCAGCUAUUACCAAGAGAAUAACAGCAUGCCCACAUCGGCCAUUGUUGGAGUUAAUUCCGGUGGACACUCAUUCCAUUACCAGAUUGGAGCCCAAGGAACAAUGUCUUUCACGCGGCAUGAUGUGAGGGACCAGUCCAACCCUUUGUUGAAUCUAAUUUCACCCGUAACGGCGUUAAUGGAGUCGUGGAAAUCACGGCCAGGCAUGUCAGCCAGAGGUGAAGGAUACCCGGGUCAAAACUGCAUCGCCGACAGCAUGUCGAGCUCGCCACUGAGACAACCGUCCUCGACAGUCAAAGUGUGCCUUGUUUGUGGCGACGAGGCAUCAGGAUGCCACUACGGUGUCGUGACAUGUGGAAGCUGCAAAGUCUUCUUCAAAAGAGCUGUGGAAGGUCAGCACAACUACCUGUGUGCCGGGAGAAAUGACUGUAUCAUUGACAAGAUCCGAAGGAAAAACUGUCCGGCAUGUCGCGUACGGAAGUGUCUGCAGGCCGGGAUGAACCUCGGAGCGCGGAAGUCCAAAAAGUUGGGAAAGCUGAAGGGAGUCAGCGAGGACCUGCAGGCCUCUAAGGACAGCCAAACUGCCACAGGUGGCGUUGGAGGCGGUUACCUGUCGUCCGAGAAGGAGCUGAAUGCCAGCGCCGCCAGUGCCCUGGUGCCCCAUGGGCCUGGGGUGGUCACACCUUUUCUGCCGCCCUCUAUCUGCAGCGUGUUGGAGCUGAUUGAGCCUGAAGAGGUGUAUUCCGGCUAUGACAACACGCAUCCUGACACCACUGACCACCUGCUGUCCAGUCUCAACCGCCUGGCCGGAAAGCAGAUGGUGCGCAUGGUGAAGUGGGCCAAAGUACUUCCAGGUUUCCGGGGCCUGCCCAUUGAGGACCAAAUCACCCUGAUCCAGUACUCAUGGAUGUGUUUGUCCUCCUUUUGCCUCAGCUGGCGCUCCUACAAACACACCAAUGGACAGAUGCUCUACUUUGCCCCUGACCUCAUCUUUAACGAGGACCGCAUGCAGCAGUCAGCCAUGUACGAUCUGUGUCUGGGCAUGAGGCAGGUGAGCCAGGAGUUUGUACGGCUGCAGCUAACGUACGACGAGUUCCUCUCAAUGAAAGUCCUUCUGCUUCUCAGCACAGUUCCAAAAGAGGGUCUGAAGAACCAGGCAGCAUUCGAGGAGAUGCGGGUUAAUUACAUUAAGGAGCUCCGGCGUUCUGUUGGAAAAGCAACCAACAACUCUGGCCAAACCUGGCAGCGCUUCUUCCAGCUCACCAAGCUACUGGACGCCAUGCACGAUCUGGUUGGGAACCUGUUGGACUUCUGUUUUUACACCUUUCGUGAGUCCCAGGCCCUGAAGGUGGAGUUCCCCGAAAUGUUGGUGGAGAUCAUCAGUGACCAGAUACCAAAGGUGGAGUCAGGCCUCACUCACACAAUCUACUUCCACAAGAAGUGACUCACUAAACAGUUGGGACAGAAGCGGCAUUAAGAACUGGAAAAGGGGAGGAAAAAGUUCAAGGAACAGAAAAUGUGCAAGGAAGGCCCGACCAGUUGGCCUGCACCCUGUCGCCCAGUAUGCCGGCGUCCACGUCUUGGAUGGGAAGGUUAAGUGACGUGGUAGAAGUAAAAAAAGCGGAGAGCGAUUUGACCUUGAAGUCACCAUGAGCAGGUCAGAGCUGUGAAUAGCCGUGGAGCCAGCAUAAGACGCUGAGAAGCACUUGUGACAAAUGUGACAAAGCAUCCCGAAGUACCUCCAGUGUCCCCCCCCCGCCCCAAAGACGAUAACAGUAUUUUCUAUGGAGAUAAAGCCAUACAUUUCUUAGGAUGCGCUAGAUACAUUCACUACGCGCACACACGCACACAAACACACACACACACACACACACACACACACACACACACACACACACACACACACACACACACACACACACACAGAGGGAAAUUGAUACACAUGCUGUCCACAUGCCUUCACACAAGCGCACAGAUGCACUCCACAUGCACUAAAAUCAGAUUCCCUUACAAAUCUAGAGAAAAAGGUUUUGCAAAUAUUAACUGUGGCUUAUGCAGUCUUUCACAAAUAAUAGCACUACAAAAAAAGAUAUGCCAAUACUUAGAUUUUGCUUUGCAGUGUAGCAGCGAACUGCAAGACUACAGGGCAAAGAACAUUAUGAGGCGGCACAGAAAUUAUAUACUGUAAGGUGAAAGGUCUAUUUGAAUAUAUUCCAAGGGCUAUACGAGCAUCAUCAUAAGCUGAAUAAUUACAUCAAAUCUAACAAGUCCAAGUUUGAAUCUCAAUUGGUGUCAUAACAGCCAUCAUUAACAUUCACAUACUGAGUUUUUUAAUUAAAAUAUGUAGUAAAACAAUCAAAACUAAUAUGCAAAAGUCCAAAGCUAAAUCUGUUUUGAAAUAAUAAUGUCUUGUGUAAAAGAAAGCUUGCACGUGAAGCUGCCAUGUCAUAAAGUCACUAUUUUAGGCAUCGUGGCAUAGAAUUAAGACAAUAUUGAUGAGCAAUUUAACCUUUGUGCAGAAAUGGUCAGGGGUACUGCAGGAUGGAAAACAUCAUGCAUUUAAGGAAAUGGUUUCAGUAGAGUCCGCUGUUAAUGGAUUUGACUGAGGUGCAUCCAUCGUAAUUGCUGUCAUUUGUGUUAUCUCCAGAGCAGCUGUCCAAAUGUCUGUUUUUACUCACAAUGAAGCAAAACCAGCCCUUUGUGAAUCAACACUUAUCUACUCUUCCCAGAAAUAAUAAUAAAAAGCAUUUUAUAAAAGUGUGUUGCAAAGGUUUAGUUUUUGACAAGCCAGUCAUUUUACAUUAAGGUGCUUCAUUUCUACAAAGCCAGGCAAAACAUAACAUGUACAGUAACUUGUAGACAGUCCAUACGAUACACUAUAUGGACAUACAGUUAAAACACACGUACUCUGUAAAGUUGAUAUAAUCCAAAAUGGAGCAUUACUCUGCAGUGCUUACAGCAAAUGGCUAAUGUAUCAAAACCAGGCAAAUGUGUACAGGUAUUAACAACUUCUUAAACACAUUCUAUUCAGCUGUUGUACAGAGGAUGUUUUGAAGUACAUGUUGAUGAAUGCUUGAUGACGAACUGUUGGUAUAAUCAUCUAUCCUAACUUAGUUGAUUUCCUUUCUCUUAUCUUUGGGCCGAGCACUACUAUUUUAGGCAUGGUAGGCCCACUCAUCUGGACCAUUAACCUGUCUCACACCCCACUGGUUUCUGGGUGGUUGUGGAACACUACUACAAUGCUACUGAAAAGCGAUAGAGCCGCUGGGGAAGAAAAACAGUGGGGGCGUGUGAUAUAUAUAUAUAUAUAUAUAUUUUUUUUUUUUUUUGUGCCCUGUGAGCGUGUAUUUACAUGUGAGUAUGGAGCGAGUAUGGCUUAAAUUUGUGUGUGUGUGUGUGUUUGUGGGGUUUUAUUUUUUUGUUUUUCCUGGCAAGCAUGUGCAUAGUUGAUCUGCUCUUUCAGCGUGGGUAUUAUGCAUUUAUGUUAUAGGAUUAGCCAUAUCCUAUUUCCACAUUUAGAUUUGCACAGAGGAGAUACAAUGUGAAAUGAGGCAUUAGUGCAGCUAGCAGGAAUUGUCUGUUUUGAUAAGCAACUGUGAUGAUGCGGGAAAAGACUUUCUGCAUGGUCAAGCAGCCAAAAGUUAGACAACAUGACAUCAUUAGCACAGCAGGGUGGGUGUGUAUUGUAUUUGUGGCCUCGGCUCUCGCAAUGAUGGCACUGUGCUACACUAUGAGGUCUCUUCUGUGGUGGUAACUGUGUGCAGAUUGGUGUACAACGAGAUGGAGGCGCCAGGAUCACAACUGUCAUUAGGGACUGUAUGAAAAUUAUGAGGUGGGGGAGGAGGGUCAGAAAAGGGGCGGGGUUGUGCAUUUUGCUCAAGGGAGGGUGGUCCAUCUUUGUUGUGAGAACAGGUCAGGGUGUUUCAACUUUUUCUCAUCCCAAAAUUAAUCUUUGUUUUUUAAAUGAAUUCUGGGGGCGAAAAUACUGAGUUGGCGCCGCAUUCGCUCAUUUGGUGGCUUGCCAUAAACGUGUUAUUUCUGAGAUAUUGGGGGAGGGUAUUGCAGUUUUUCCCAAGACUUGGCUGCGUCUAAAGACAAUAUUAAUAGCACUCCCCUACCUGAUCAUUUCCAUACAGUCCCUUAUCAGAAGGGCCUCAUUUUACAAUCCGUCUUUGUCAUGCAUUAUUGUGUUCAAGUUGUGAAGGACCCUUAAGCUAAUCUCUCACUGUUUCUUUAUUUUGCCCCUUUUUUGUCCUUUUUAAAGGAAAAAAAAACUGUCUAAAGGUUCAUAGGAUGAAUGGGAAAGUAUUUUUGAGAGAAUUAUAUUUUGCUGGAAAACAAUAUUUAAGUACUUUGUCUAAAAAUGAUAUCCUUUUUGUAAAAUGAAAUGUUAAUGCAUGCUUUUUGAUGAGAUGUUUACAUUGUAUUUAAAAAAGGGAAACUUGUGCCUUUUUAUCUCACCUGAUUUACAAUUUUACAGUAUAUAUUGUAAAUAAUACAGCAAGUCCUUAUGUUGAGUAUAGUAUAAAACAUUUCUACUUUAACCAUCUUGUUGGAAUAUUGGAAAAAUAUGUGUUUCCCACUCGCCAUGUUCUGUGUGUUGGAUCACAGAGAAGAAUUUACAGUAAGGGUUGGCGGCAGAAAGGGCCAAAUAGAGAAAUGAAUGUAUCAUACAUUGUGAGAGACUUAUGGAACUUACUACCUGAAUGUUAGAGAGAGUUAAAAAAAAAUAAAAUAAAUAAAAAUAAAUAAAUAAAUAAAAAAUAAAAAAUAAUAAUAAUCAAAAAGUAUUUCUUAUUUUGUAACAAGAUGUAAGUGAUGGAUCCUUGAGUUGUUGCUGUUGAAAUGAUUUCCUAACCCAUGGCGAUAUUGUUGAUGAGCACCACAAUAAAAUCAAGACGUCACAAACUAUUGAAACUGGGAUACGUGAAAGAAAGUUCUUGACUUUUCACUUUGAAAAUACAAACUUUGUACACACACAAAAUGGAAGGAAACAGUGGAAGCAGAGACUGUCAGACCUGUAGGCUUAGCCGGUUCAAAUUUGACUGUCUUUAACCAGUUAUUAACUGGACCUAUUUCACUAACUGCCAAAAUAAGUUUCAGUCACAAAACCAACAAAAUUGUCCCAAAGAAUGUUAAAGUAAAAACAUACAAUGGACUAUACACAGCGGAUUAUUGAUAAUAUCAAAGUUAUCCGUGUUAUCAAGUCGCUGUUGGACCCUAUGCCCUCCAGAUAUAUGGGCUUUGACUGUUGGCUAUUUAAUAAUUUUGGCCGUUUAAAGGAAUAGUUUAGUAUUAUGGGAAAUAUACCCUUUUAUUCCUUGCUAAGGGUUAGAUGAUCGAUAAACACUCAUGACUGUGCGCUAAAUAUGAAGCUACAUUCAGGUGACUGUUAGCAUAGCUUAUCAUAAAGACUGGGAGCACGGGGGAAACGGCAGGGACAAAGUCUGAUAAGUUGCCUCAAGUGAUGUCACCCGAGUCAGCGUUGCUUGGUGCUGAAGACUACAAGUUUGAAAAUGAAAAAAAAUCUGGGGGUUUGAAUUUAGAAAGAAAACUUAGCCAACCUCUGUAGUCCGCUCCCUUUCUCUGCUCGAGGCUACAUUAGCCGCAACUAGCAUAACACAAACACAAAUCUCCAACUGAACUGUCGAUGGUUGAGUUGCUUUGUGGGUAAUGUAGGUGACAGGUUUUGCCACGAAAGAUUAAUGUGUGGAAUAAAAAUGACAAUAUCUCUGGUUCUUCUGCAUCAAAUUUGAUCUUUUUUCUUUUUGAUUAAAACAUUGUGAGUCAAACAAUGUUAUAGAAGUGCAAUGCUAAAUCGGUGGAGUACUCUUAACAGACAGAUAUGAGAGUGGUGUCGACCUUGUCGUCUUACUUUCAGUAAGAAGCGAAUACCCGUAAGCGAAUUUCCCGAAAUGUUGAACCAACCCUUAAAAGGAACAAGAUUAAUGAACAGUUCCCUUAAUGGUCAUCAAUCACCACCUACUGCAAACAAUAAAUAACCUAUCCCCUACUUGAGGGAGCAAUGUUAAACGCAGAGCUGUCUCCUUGUAAAUGAACUCUCCUUUUAGGCAUGAAUGACUCAGAAUGUGUCUAACUGCUGUUUCACAGUACACUAUCGCGUCACUGUAUGUGGAGUCACAUCAUUGUCAUUUUCUGUUCACAGUGAUGAAUCGGGUGCAGAGAGACUAAGCCAUAUCUCCACAGCCAUGGCAGUGCAUUUCUUAUAAAUAUAUAAAUAAAUUCAAAUGCUUUUUUUUUUUUUUCCAAUUCCAAAAAUGACUUUUUACUCAGAUGCUUUGUACAAUAUUUCUCAGCAACUAUCCAGCAAACAUACAGUAGAAAUCCUUCAACAUAAACCAGUAAAACAUCUUUGAAACCAGUAACUACUGUAUAUCUUGAUGCAGAUAUUGCCAUACUUGUGUUUGCAAAACUAUUGCAAGAUUCCAAUAAAACUG